AUAAAUUUCUGAUUUCUAUCCCUUUUUCAACCAUCAGUGGGGCAAUAGGUUCAGAUCAUUUUGAUCGUCGCCGGCCUACCUUUUUUUUCCCCUAUCAAUCAUACAUUCAGUUCUGAUUGUUUACGGUUUUCCUCUUCUCCCGUGCUUCUAAUUAAAAGUCCACAGUAAGGUGGGAGGGGGAGGACCUUUCUUCUGUUGCUGUCCGGUGAAAUUGGGAAACAAUAUAGUUCUAGCUGACUUGAGGUCAAGUACAUUGAUCUUUGCUUUUAAUGGAUUACCAGGCCUUUUUGGAGUUUCUUCGCGAGAGGGAAAGGCGUGCAAUGCCAGAUCUUAUCAUUUUCGGAAAGGGCAUCUUAUUGGUUCUUUCUAUACUCUUCUGUCUCGCAAUCCUCCUUAUGACGUAUCGUGGGUUCGUGUAUGGCCAAGUCAAGGAAGCGCUUGCUUCUUUGGUAUCGUUAAUCGUAGGGGCCAUCAUGGUCAGAGCAAUUUAUGUCAAGAGCAGAGUGCUUCAGAUCGGCGAGUUGGCGAUAACGAAUACGGUGAUAUCUGAAGGGGCUAAUGGUACUGCUGUGUUCGAGGGCACAUAUGAAUAUGUGCAUGAUGGAGCAUAUGCAUAUGUGUUGGAAGGUACACCACAAAGAGUUGCUGUGAAGCGUCUUGACAAGAGGGUUCACAAUGAUUCGGGCGUCUAUAAAAAAAUCAAGAAUCUCAGGAGAGCAAAUGGACAUCCAAACAUAGCGCAGCUCUUUGGAGUGAAAAAUGAUCCAGACUACUUGUAUGUUUGUUUGGAGCAUUGUAUCUGCAACAUAGGUGACCUGGUUCGCAUGUUUUCGCCCCACAAUUUGGGCGAUGCAAACGACAAUGCCCGCAUGGAUGAAGCGAGAAAUUCUCUUCAGGGUAUUCAGUUGUGGGAGCAGGCUAAUAAUGGAGAUCAUCGUCGUCCUUCUCCUACUUUAUUGAGAUUAAUGAUGGAGAUGGCUGUCGGACUUGACUAUCUUUGUCAAUCAAAAAGAAUGGUUCAUCGAAAUCUGAAGCCGGAAAACAUCUUGAUCAGCAACGAACCAUCGUUGCGCAUCAAGCUUUCAGACAUGGGGCUCAGCAACAAACGUCUGCCAGCAGGUCAUAGGGUUGGUUUGGGUCCGGGAUGGCAACCUAAAGAAGUGAUUUUGGGUAAUAAAAGGCUAACAAGGGCAGUGGAUUCAUUCGGUUUAGGUUGUGUCUACUUUUUUUGCAUCACCGCUGGCAGGCACCCUUUUGGAGGUGAUGAUCUAGAGCGUCGUCAGAACAUCGAAAAUGGCAACCAGGCUAAUCUGAUGUUAUUGGCUAAUCUUCCCGAAGCUAACGAACUCAUCUCCCGGAUGCUGAGCCAUAUUCCAAAACGGAGACCUACUGCGGAAGAGGUGCUUAUUCAUCCACUCUUUUGGGAUGAGGACACCCGGUUAUCAUUCCUUUGUGACACAAGUGACAAGUUAACUGCUAGAGAUUUAAAUGGACAGCUAUUAAAUCCCCAGCUUAUAAUUGCCGUAAAUGGGACAUCAGGCACAGUUCUCCCACCAGACACAUUCCCCGAUGGAGAAUGGAUCCACGCGUUGAACCCUCAGCUUCAGCCUUGGGGCAAUGGUUACACUCUAAAUAGUGUCAAGGAAUUGGUGAGACUCAUACGCAACAAGUACGUACAUUAUUCUGAGCACCGCGAUAACAUUAAACUGAUAUUGGGCUCAUUGGAAGUAAACCCAACCGCAUAUUACAACUAUUUUGGUACUCGGUUUCCCAAUCUAUUGAUUCAAGUUUACAAGGUGAUGAAGCAGCAUUGUAGACACGAGGAGGUGUUUGCUAGGUACUUCAGGAGUGUACGUAACAUCUAAACCAGAGAGGCUCUCUGCAUACAAUUCAUGUUCUCUAGUGGAAUGCGCCCAUUAUUUCUUGUUGUUGUUAGUCACUAGGUUGUUUAUUUCCGAUAAAAGUAGUUUGUUAGUGCUGCCUUUUGUUUCAAAAUUAG